UUUAACCACUUGCAGGAUUUCACAUUUUAUUAUUUGGGAUGUGAGUAUAAUGUUCAAACAGUGAUGUUGUAUGUGAUGAAAGGAAUCUAAAACGGAAAGAUAAUAAUAAUAAAACAAUUAUAUUUUGAUCUUCAUGGUGAAAAUUUUGUAGAAUAAUAAAGUUCUAAUUCAAGAGGUACAUAGCCAAGUCAGAAGCCUAGUUUUAUUGAAGAGAUAAAACAAAAUAUUCCUACUAUAAGGUUUGGUAGAAAAUAUGCAAAUAUAUGGAGUUUUCUUAUUGAAGGCAUAUUUCAGGUUUGUCUCCAUUUUGGAUGUUUCACCUCUUAAACCAGUAAGGGAAUAUUUAAUACUUCAACACCAAUGGUAUCUAAGCAAAAGUUGGAUUUCAAGUCACCUAAAAAAUCACUGUCUUGUAAGAGAGAGAAACUAUGUCUCUUGGUCAUUCACGGAAAAGUAAGAAACGAAUUGCACCGAGCGAUAUGGAUCAGUCUAAAGAUCCAUCUGUUGCUGAAGAUUUGAAUCAUACGGUGGCAAACCUCCCAACUUCUAAGGCGCAAGUCAAUGACCCUGAAUCACAUAUAACUGACAAAUCUCAUAAACCAAAGAGGAAAGGGGAUCUUGAAUUUGAGAUGCAGAUGGAAAUGGCUCUUUCUACUACAGCAGUUGAAUAUUCUAAGAGUAAAGAAGAGUCUGGUGAAAAUAUUGAUUCAUCAAAUUUUUCUUGUCCAUCAAAAAGAAUAAAAAGAGUUAUAGAUGAAGAAUCUUCAACCUCUCCCCAACUAAUUUCUACAGCAGUUGGAUCAAUGAGAGAUGUUGUUGCUUUUGCUGGGCAGGGGGCCAAAGACGUGACCCGCAGGUACUGUAUGAGGUGGCAUAAAAUUUCAUCACAACGAGUUAAUUCAAUAUGGUGGGAUUCAGUGUUGGCACCACUGAGAAACUUAGAGUCUGGAGCAACUGGAGGUGUGGUUCAUUCGAGAACAAGCCAAUUCACUUCAACCGAAGCCAACAUGAAUGAUUCUUUUCUUCCUACAAGGAGCUCUCUUGAGGGAUAUUGAAUUAGAAACCAGGGCAUUCACUGAGCCUCUUCCAACCAAC